UCUCCUCACAGAAAAUCUGAAGCUACAAGAAGAAGACAUCAUAAUCCAUUCAUCACUUUGACGACCUGCAUCAAACUCAGCCAUGAAGAUGCUGAUCGUGUUGCUACUUGUCUGUGCCGCGACGGCCCUGACUGAUGCUGCUGAAGAACAGCCCGAUCACAUGACGGGAGAAUCAGAAGAACCAUCCAUUCAAGAAGCUGGUUCAGGAGACAACGAAACGGCAGUUGACUCGUCCAUUCAAGACGAAGCACAGCCGGAUGAAAUAAAAGGAGAACCCUUUGUUCCAGAAGGUGAUGUGAUGGCAGAGGGUGACGAUCUCACUGUCCAAAGAUCAAGUGGUUGUUCCAGUGGUUGGACUCAGUACAACGGUCGCUGUUUCCUCUACUUUCCAACAGCAAUGCGUUGGGCUGAUGCUGAGAGGAACUGUCAGUCUCAAGGUGGAAACCUCGCAUCAGUGCACAGCUACAAUGAGUAUCACUUUAUUCAGGGAAUGAUAGCGAGGCGGACUGGAGGGUAUCCAGAAACAUGGAUUGGAGGCUCAGACGCACAACGGGAGCGUACUUGGCUGUGGAGCGAUGGUUCACAUUUUAACUUUUCCAACUGGUGUCGAAGACAGCCUGACAACCUGUUCAACCAGGACUGUUUGAUGAUGAACUUUACUGAAAACAAGUGCUGGGAUGAUAAUACCUGUUCCAAAUACUUCCCAUCCGUCUGUGCAAAGAAACUUUAAUCCUGCCUCGGCUGACGAACGUGUCGAGAACUCCAACUCAUCUGUGUUUCGUCUCAUCAGUCUCAUAUUUAAUCUGAAGGCUCUAAAACUAAUUUUUUUCUUACUAUCAUGUCAAGUAAUUCAAACAGGAGCUGGACUGUCUCUCUGGUUGUAUGCUUCUAAUAGGAGCGGGAUCGAUGUGUUAUGGAAGGAAUGAAACAACAUGUUCUCACACCUAAACCCACAUGAGCUCACAAAUAUCUGUUGUAUAUUUUCUCUCUCUGUAACUGUAUUUUAUCCCUGCUGCGUUCAUAACUGCACUGUUUUUAUAACUGAACUGUUUUCAUUUUCUUACCCUUUUUAUCUUUAUCUCUGUUGUUUC